UCAAAGUCUACAGGCAAUGUCCAAAGUGUGUUAUGUAGCUUAGAAAAUUGGGCACUGAUUUUAUUAAAGCUUAUAACUGGUGUUUUGUAAUUUUUAAAUUUAUUUUGUGUUUUAUUUUAAUAAAAUAUUAAUAAAUUUGUUAAAAUGUUUCAAGUUGCUAAAUUAUGCAGAUCCAAAAUUCCAGCCAGUGAAAUCCAAAGGUUUAUAUCGUGUUCAACUAUAAAUUUAUCUAAAACUGUACAAAAUGCUGAAAAACCUAAACAGUCAGCCCCCACGGAGGAUUAUUCUUUUGUAAUGAACAUAUUUAGAGGACAAUUAGAAGGAAGGCAAGUCUUCCCUUAUCCAAAUGUGCUAAAUGAAGAACAACGAGAAACUUUACAAAUGCUUGUUGACCCAGUUUCCAAGUUUUUUGAGGAAGUAAAUGACCCAGCUAAAAAUGACGCUGAAGAAAAAGUUGAAGAAAAGUCAAUGGCUGGCUUGUGGGAAUUGGGAGCUUUUGCUUUACAAGUACCCCAAGAUUUGGGUGGACUAGGCUUGACAAACACUCAGUAUGCAAGACUUGUUGAAAUUGUGGGCUCACACGAUUUGGGCGUUGGUAUCACCUUGGGUGCGCAUCAAUCCAUUGGUUUUAAGGCCAUCCUCCUCUUCGGAACCCCCGAACAAAAAGCCAAAUACCUGCCAAGGGUGUCAUCGGGAGAAUUCGCCGCUUUCUGCCUUACCGAACCGUCAUCGGGUUCCGACGCUGGAUCAAUCAAAACAAGAGCUGAAUUGAGCCCUGAUGGCAAGCAUUACAUCAUGAACGGUUCUAAAAUUUGGAUUUCCAACGGUGGAAUGGCCGAAAUCAUGACUGUAUACGCCAAAACACCCGUCACCGAUAAAAAAACCGGCAAAACUGUGGAUAAGGUUACUGCUUUCAUCGUCGAGAGGUCCUUUGGCGGUGUAACCAACGGCCCACCGGAGAAGAAAAUGGGCAUCAAGGCUUCCAACACCGCGGAAGUUUACUACGAUAACGUUAAAAUCCCAGUGGAAAAUGUAGUGGGUGGAGUUGGUAAUGGUUUCAAAGUAGCCAUGAAUGUCCUUAACAACGGAAGAUUCGGUAUGGCUGCCGCUCUAGCCGGUACAAUGAAAGCAUGUACUAAAAAAGCAGUCGAUUUCGCAACGCAACGCACACAAUUUGGUGCCAAAAUCGACUCAUUCGGAGCCAUACAAGAAAAAAUUGCCCGUAUGGCAACGUUGCAAUAUGUCACUGAAAGUAUGGCAUACAUGAUUUCCGGCAACAUGGACCAAGGUUCCCAGCAUUACCACUUGGAGGCUGCCAUUUCAAAAUGUUUCGCCUCUGAGGCCGCUUGGUACGUUUGCGACGAAGCCAUCCAAAUUAUGGGCGGUAUGGGCUUCAUGAAGGAAACUGGUUUGGAAAGAGUGAUGAGAGAUUUGAGAAUUUUCAGAAUUUUCGAGGGUACAAACGAUAUUCUGAGAUUAUUCGUCGCUUUGACUGGGAUACAAUACGCUGGAGCGCAUUUGAAGGAAUUGCAAAAUGCAUUUAAAAAUCCCACCGCCAAUUUGGGAUUGAUUUUCGAGGAGGCCUCAAAGAGAGUUGGUAGGAAAGUCGGGUUGAAAGCUCCACCACCAGUUGAUCACCUCGUGCACAAAGAGUUGGCUCCUUCUGCAAAGCUUUUAUCUAAAAGUAUUGAUGCUUUUGGUCAAUCAGUAGAAAUGGUGUUGAUUAAAUACGGUAAAAAUAUCGUUAACGAACAAUUUAUCUUGAAUAGAUUGGCAAGUGCCACUUUUGAUAUAUACACAAGUGCUGUAGUUUUGUCGAGAGCAAGUGAAUCUUUGAAAAACGGUGUCAAAACUGCCAACCACGAAAAACUUAUGGCCGAAUCUUGGACAUUGGAGGCUUGCCAGAGAGCAGAUUUGAAUUUGAAGUCAAUAGCUUCUGGUAAAAAUUUGGAUAACUUCGUUAAAAUGGCGUCGAUUUCGAAGACUGUUUGUCAAAACAAUGGUAUAGCCCACAUGAACCCCCUAAACAUAUGAGGCUAAAUCUCUUAACAAGUAACAAUAAUUUAUUAUUUAAUUAACUAAUUUUGAUAUAAAUAUUUUAUACAAAUUAUAUUCUGUAACUAUCUGUAAAUUUGUGUGUUAUUAAAUUUUUU